GUCCGCGAUCCUUUUGACCUCUACCUCACCUCCCCGCCCGCACAUAUCCCUUACAUAUCAUCAUCUCCCAACCAUUGCUUGUAGAUUGCUUGGCUUUAGUUCGCAUUGUGUCUGCAGCACAUUCCAUUUAUUUCCUUCCACGUUUUCUACAAAUAGCCUUUCCCGAUAUCUCCCUUCCCGCUAAUGGCCUCUCUCGAUACAGCCAGCAAUAUGUGCUCGCUUGAUGACACCGCCACGAAAUUAUGCGCCACGACUUCUCCGCCAGUGCCAACCUUAACCACCAUAGCAGAAACACCCAGUGGACCUGUCACCACAGAUCUGCCGCCCAGCGCUGGCGCAAGUGAGAUCCCCAUGGCAAGCCUCUAUCAGCUUCCCGCCUCUGGCCCACAUGGACUAUCCGCCAAACCCAGUCAGGCGACCGGCGACCCCGCAUACCAGCUCGGUAAUGUGCCCACCAGCCUAGUGCACCAGGCAGUGGCAGCACACGGCCAGCUGCCGAAGGAGUGGAUCCAGACAUUGAUUUCCCAGGCGGACCGCACUGGAAACCUAUAUGGAAAUGCGCACAUGGCGUCGUGCAAGCACGACCCCAGCCAGACAGGCUCAUCGGAUAGCGAUUCGGACGAUAUUUCGCGGUCGCUGUCGAUUCUGCUCUCACAGCAGCAACAGCAGCAGCAACUACAGGCGAACGCAAAGCGGUUCCACACUAUUGGGCUGCCGCCGCACAGCGGCGACUAUAAUGCUACGCUGAUGGAUAUCCUGGGCUUUAGCUUUGAUAGCUCGAGGCGGGUGAUGAGUCUACCAAAUUCAAUCGGCAACAUGGCGAUGGAUAUUCCGGCUGAUGCACAUGCUCCGGGGGUGAUGGACAUCCCUGUUGUGGCAGGACUUGGGAUAGGCAAGACCGAGGAUGCACAGCAGAUGGACUCGAUGGCUGCUGCCGCUGCUGCCGUGGGUUUGCCUUCGCAGCACUUCAUGCAUGCUCAGCUCGCACCGACCAUGCUUACUCAGUCGAUGCAACCGCCGCUGAUAGCCAACAGUGCCCCAAUGUCCCACCAGCACCACCACCUUGGCAUCGUUGGCUUAACAGUCAGCGAGACCCAGCGCCCAGCUGACAUCCUGAACUUCCACGCCCAGACAUACCCGCCACUUACUUCAGCCGCCAUACCAAGCUCAUCUAUAGCCAUGUGCAGCUCCAGCCGGUCAUCCGUGGGCACGGAAAUGAACAGUGUCAUGCCUAGCCUGGCCGGGCUCAAGCGUGGAUUCCAUACCACCGUGCCUAGCCCCGAAAAGACUGGUGCAUCGCUUGAUGAUAGCAAACCUGAAAUGCAUUCAUCCACAGCACCCUCAACACCGCGUGCAAAGCGCGGCCGCCCGCGCUCUUCCAAGCGGCAGACACAGCGCGGCUCCACAGCAAAACCCGCUAUUGAAACCGACAGUGCUGAGAGCAAGUCUCUGAGCUCCAUUGCUACCGAAGCUGUCGGUCCAGCGCCACUACACCCAUCAUCGUUCACCAGCAACCAGGGCGACCUACUGCCAUCCACACCACUCACUGGUGAUCCUCCAGGACACGUAAUGCCGGAGAUAUCUGCUUCGCACUCCUCCGGCACGCCUUCACUCUCCAGCUCCACAUCGACGCCGGCCAUGCCGGGCUUGAUUCCCCACCGUGUCGAUCGGCAGUUGGCGGCAGCUGCCCGGCCGCUGCUGUUCGUGCGCCCGCGCAUCAAAGACGACCAGCCCAGGCGCCGCAAGCGCCGUUGUCUGUCCAGCAACCCCGGGUCGGCUGCUGGCACGCCUGUCGACACGCCCCCUGACAUUGUCUCGGCUGUGCCAAUGCCCGGGCCACCUCUGGGCGAAGACGGCCAGACGAACCUGCAGUGGCAGCGGAUCUCGGAGCAGCGGCGCCGUGAUGCCAUGCGCGAGAACUUUGAUCUGCUCAAGCGCAUGCUGCCACAAGAGUACAUGACUAGCGAUGAUGGCCGCGAGCUGGCCAGACCGGUAUUGCUGGCACGCUUCCUGCGCUGGGUUGAUGACACGCUGAUUGAGAUGGAAAGCCUGAAGUCUGAGGUUGCCCGGCUGAAGAUGCAGCCAGGCGCAAUGCCGAUCGGCGGCCAGCAGGGUACGUGCGGCUGGGAGGGCCAGGCACGUGAGGGUGCUCCUCAGCAGCUCAGUGGUAACAGCCCCAUGUGGGAGGUUGCUGAGGCUGUUGCCGUAGCUGCUGCUGCCGCUGCCGCUGCCGCAGUUGCCUUCCAAUCCUUCACCAAGCGAAACUGCCGAGUCCAGCAGCCUGCCAGCACAGCCUUCGACGCAGAAUGUAACGCCCUCAAGCGAUGCCAGCAGUCAGCUGCUAGGUGAUCUGUGAUACCCCUAUACUUACCACCUCCCCGCAUAUCA